AUGACCGAAAUGAAUGUGGAGAUCGUCCGCGAUGGGCUUGUGCAGUGCGAGACAUCGGUGAAGUUGCCCCUCGACAUUGUGCAGAUCGUGGCACAGGAAGAGCGCGAGGGCUUCAGAUGGCUGAACACAUACCUUGUGUUCACGUCACAGCCCUAUGAGCAGCCGAAGCUCGAGGACAUAGUCAAAGGCCACGCGAAAAAGGUUCCCAAGCCUAUGAAGGCCAUGGCUAAGACAAAGGCGAUGAAGUCGAUGAAGGCCAUGAGCAAGCGUGGCAACCAUGGCAAGCCUGGGCCAAAGCCAAAGGCGAUGAAGUCGAUGAAGGCCAUGAGCAAGCGUGGCAACCAUGGCAAGCCUGGGCCAAAGGCGAUGAAGUCGAUGAAGGCCAUGAGCAACAAGUGUGGCAACCAUGGCAAGCCUGGGCCAAAGGCGAUGAAGUCGAUGAAGGCCAUGAAGACGAUGAAGUGA